AUGACUCCCUGGUCGUCAAUCGUCCCGACGUCGGUCUCGCAAACGCUCACGUUGCGAGAGCGUGUCUCUCAUUCAUCAUCAUCAUCCACAGCGCAAGUUCAAGUUGUGAAUAAAAUCCGAUUCAAUCACACCGGAGACUACGCGGUGGUGUGCAAAAACCGAGCACUGUUCCUGGUCAACCCGAAGACAGAUUUAUGCCUGAAAACGUACGAAGGCGCACACGCGAGGGAAGUGCGAGACGCGUCGAGUUCUCGAGAUAAUUCGAAACUGGCCUCAGUUGGGGGCGAUAAAGGCGUGUUCGUCUGGGACGUGAAAACAGGGCAAACGGUUCGCAGGUUUAUCGGACACGACGCGUUCGGAGUGAACUGCGUGAAAUUCUUACUCGGUGCUUCAAACGAAGAAAGCGUGAUUGUAUCUUGCGGGUUCGAUCGGUGCGUGAAGUUUUGGGAUUUACGAUCGAAUAGGCAACACGAGGCGAUGGAGACGGUUGGAUCCCAGUUUAGCGACGCCGCGAUGGAUUUGACUCUGAGCGGAGGGAGAGGAGGAGGAAAAACGAACGAAGUGACCGCGUGUUCGAUCGACGGAACCGUGAGAACGUUUGAUAUUCGCAAAGGUGAGUUACGCGUGGACACUUUGUUCGGCCAACAACCGGUCACUGCGGUUGAAAACAGCGCAGACGAUAGGUUGGUACUCGCCACGCUGCCGAAAACAGUCGCGCUCAUGGACAAAACCACAGGUGAAGUGUUACAAACCUUCUCUGGUUUCAACAACGACCAAAACGUCGUUUUACGCGCGGCGUUUACCCCGGACGAUCGAUAUGUCGUCCUCGGCGACGCCGUCGGCGACAUUUGCAUAUGGGACGUGCUCUCGAACGAGACUUUGAAUUCCCAACCACUGCGAAUACCAAACGCGCACGCGAAAUCCAUAUCCAACGUCUGUUUUCAUCCGUCCGAAGCGUCUUUCGGCGGAAAAGGCGGAGGUGGUCGUAAAAAACAUCUCAUGCUUUCCUGCGCCGCCGACGGUCUCGCCAAGUUCUGGUCUUAA